CGACCAAAAUCCAGAGGCUUUUUUUUUUUUUUUCCAACGGCAGCCGUCAAGCUCAAACGCUGGAGCAACCAACUAUCGCGAGAACGAGGAGCAGCGAGCGAGAAGAACGGGUCCAGGCAAGGCAAUAGCAAUAUUCAUAUUUAGCAACAACAACAACCUUUACGAGAAUCAUUUUUUUUUUCUUCUCCCCGUUAUGAAGCUUCAAAUAACGAUGAAAAAGUGUGGGAGUUUCAACGAUACACACGAAUGAAAUAACUGGACUGUGAUGUACAGGAUGUGGCUUAACUUCUCUGCAUGUAUGACAGAUGGCGAAGAAGGGGCAGACCUUGUGAAUCUCACACAUCUAACCUCCCCUAUCCUUGGAUUUACUGUCUGUUUGAAUCCAAUAUUUUUUUGUUAAAAACAUAUAAUCUAACAAAAUAAUGUAGCAAAAGGCUUAGCCUUAGAGAUAUUUGACCUCUUUUAACCCCAUCUUGCAUGGGUCUGGUACAUAUAUGCUCAUCAUUUUAGAUGGGGCUGAGCACAACACUUAAACUCACAAUCAUUUGUCAACUAUUAGACCAAUGUGCCGUGUUUGCCCCCAGUCAGCUGUGCAAUCACUUCAGCUUUCUGUUGUAUGUUUGAAGUGAUUUGAUAGACCAUCGAGUCAAGCCGUGUCCCCCGCCUUUCAGAAGCAUGAACGGCUCUCUUUUAACCCCGCCAAGCCCAGGGGCGGCUAACUCCUCUCCUUUACCUCCUUCCCCCUCCCCAUCUCCAUCUCCUCCUUCUCCCUCUCUGCUGCCCCUGUCCCCACGGCCGCCCCCUUUGCCACCUCUCGUGAGCCCUCCACCCCAGGCUCACCAAUCCUCCCUGUCAGAAACCCCAACACCAUCCCCCUCUCCUUGCCUGAGCUGGACCGAAUUCUGUGAGCUCCACGCCCGCGUCGCAGCUGGUGACUUUGCACGCCACUUUCGGGCCUUUCUCCUGGAAAACCCUCACUACUCCCCAGACUCGGCAGCCGCCUUCUGCCGGCGCUUCACUGACCGUUUCGUCCGUCACUUUCAGAGUGAACUUGAGGGGGCCCUUCCACCGAGCUGUACCUCUGGGAGGGACGAUAUGGUGAGCUGGGCUCCCCAGUCAGAUGCUACUUCCCUGGAAGAGGAGGCGGUCUCCCCCUUGUCAGCAUCUGGGGGAGGUGUCCUCCCAUGUCCCCCAGCCAACAUGACACGGGCCUCGUCCAAGGCUGCACCGACACGACUGGUGUUGGAGAACCGAAUCGGGGACAGGUUUCAGGAUUCUUACGCUCACGGCCAAGUCCUUCCUCCAUCGUCAUCAUCGUCAUGCUGCUCCUCAUUAGGAGGAAACAACGGAAGGCGUGAAGAGCGUGGGGCCAUGGUCGUCCCUGGGAAUGGAGAAGCACCGGUUGAGGAAGAGGAGGACAGCUGGUUAGGGGUAGCGUCUGUGGGGGAGGAUGUUGAGCCAGAGGAGCAGGACGCCGAGACCACAGAGGUGGAUGGUGCAGACCCCUCCCACACUCCUCAGAUUCCCUCUUCCUCGGUUACUCCCCCGCCUGGCUCCAAAGGUAACAGUACACCCAACUCCAAAAACAAACUUAAGAAGCGCUUUUCCUUGCGGAGUGUGGGUCGUAGUGUGCGGGGGAGUGUCCGUGGUAUUCUGCACUGGCGAAGCUCCUCCAGUGACUCUGCCCAGAGCCAGCUGCCCUCCAGCUACAGCUACACUAUGGGUGUGCAGGAUGCUACCUUGGUUUCUGCCUCAAAGAGGAACUCUGGUACACAGCCUCCAACACCCACCUCCUCUAUGCCUGUGUCUCUGUCCAUGCCCCUUGCCCUUCCCCACUCCUCCUCCUCCUCGCUGCCCCCCUCGUCUUCAAGCAGCGCCACCUCUCUGUCUCUGACGGAAGCUGCUCGGGACCGGAGGCGGAGCAAUGGCGAAGGAGGCGAAAAGGAGAAGUGGAGCCAUCGUCUUGAGAAACUCAGACUGUCACGAUCCCCACCUCCUAUCCUUAACCAAACCACCGCCUCCACGCUGCCUCCAAGCAGUGCUGCCGCUGCUGCCAUUGGGCCUCCAAGGAAGGUGGGCCGGCUAGUUCGUGAGGGCGGGGUGAGUGUGAGUUCAUCCAGCGACGAGUUGAGUGCAAGCCACGGCUUCUCUGGCUUCUCGUUUGGUCUGCUGCACCACAGUACGGACAACAACAAUGCUGCGUCAGCUUCAACUGCAUCAGCUCAGGCAGUACCGGUGCAGCCUCUGGCCAGUGGAGGGAAUGUGCCCUGGAGAGGAGGUCGCUGGCAUAAAUGUCGCCUGGUCCUAAGAGAGCGGGACAGAGAAGGUGGUGAGCGAGGGGAGGAGUACUACUUGGAAUUCUUCAUUCCACCUAAAUCGUCAAAGCCACGGCUGACUGUCCCCUGCUGCUCAAUCGUGGAUGUGAGGAGCACCACAGCACUUGAGGUCCCUGACAAGGAGAACACCUUUCUGCUGCAGCUGGAAGGACUGGCACAGUAUGUCAUUGAAACUCGUGAUGCUGUACAGAUGAGAGCUUGGCUGAGUGACAUAAGGAAUGGAAUUUGUCUCAGUGAACAGGAAGACGCUGAAGGUGUGUGUGGGCCGCUGGACAUCAGUGGGACACCUGAGAUUGUUGACCGAUUGUCGCAAGUGUGUUAUGGAGGUAUCGGGGGCUCCUCCCCUCUGAUGGAUCCUCUCCCACCGGAGCUGCCACCUCGAGCCCCUCUCGAUGAACCAGACAGCAGGAUUCUUGGGGGAGGUGGGGCGAGUCUGGGCACACCUUUUGCUGAGACACCAGAUGCCACAGGUUCCUUCCUGUUCUCGGACACGACUGCUUCAGAGGUGGUGGAGCACCCGCUCAGUGAGUGUCAAUGGUUCCACGGCACCCUUUCUCGUCUCAAAGCUGCUCAGCUGGUCUUGGCUGGAGGCCCGGCGAGCCACGGUGUUUUCCUGGUUCGACAGAGUGAGACACGGCGUGGAGAAUAUGUCCUCACCUUUAACUUCCAGGGCAAGGCUAAGCACCUCCGUUUGUCCCUGAACGAGGACGGUCAGUGCAGGGUGCAGCACCUCUGGUUCCAGUCCAUCUUCGAUAUGUUGGAGCACUUCAGGGUGCACCCGAUCCCUCUGGAGUCCGGCGGCGCCUCAGACGUCACACUCAUCAGCUUUGUGGGUGCCACCGCUGUUCGCCAGCCAGACUUGACCAGCAGACCCCGUAGCCCUCCUCAGCCUCCCCCCCUGCCGCCAGGCCGGCCGCCUCCUCCGACUCCUCCCCAAGAGAGAGGAAAUGAGACAGAGGUGGCGGUUGGCGGUGCUGCUGCUGCUGGAGGAGGAGGAGGGGGAGGAGGAGGAGGAGGAGGAGGAGGGGCACCUGUGGUGACAACAACAGGAGGAGGAGGAGCAGCAGCAGGUGGAAGUGGAGGCAGCGGAGGUGGUAGUGGAGGAGGAGUGGAGGACUGGGAGGAAAGGGACAGGGACACUCCUCUCCGCCAACUAGAAGCUGUGGAGGGAGAGGAGAGGGACGGAGCAAGGGCGCCCCGAGCCAUCGACAACCAGUACUCCUUCUUCUGAUGAAGGGAAGGACAGGAGGAUGAAGAGGAGGAGGAGGAGGAGGAGUGUGUAUGUGUGUGUGUUAAUGCCAGAGUGUUUGAGUGUGUGUGUAUGUGAGUGUGUGUGUGUGUGUGUGAGCGAACGUGAGUUUGGAUGAGGCGGCGUACAUCAUAGCCAUUCAUAACCAGUAUUUUUAUGUUGUUAGCGAGGUGGAGGAGAAGAGGAGGAAGAGGAGGAGGUAAAAACGUACUAACACUAUACGGGAGAGAGGGAGAGAAGAGUAAGCAGAUGAAGAGACGGCAGCUCAAGCCCUGUGAAGCCAGCAGUCCCAAUACCUCACAGCGGUCCUGCCGAGACAGCACAGGCCAGCCAGAGGCCAAACACACUCUACACACACAUGUACUGUGGCAGGUAAGACCCAAUACUUUACACUCUUACUGUUACGGAGAUGACGUCAAAGCUUGCUCCAUUUAAAACUCAACCCACGUGUGACAGUGGUUCUAGGGUUUUGUUUUUUUUAACCUUGGCCUACAUAUUUUCUGGUCUAAAUGACUAAAAGGUUCAAAUGUUUUUUUUCAAAUUACAGAUUUUUUUAAAUUUUUUAUAGUGAUUAACCUUUCCAGUAAUGGUAAGAUCUUUUUUAAAAACACAAUCAGCCUUGAACUCACUCUCAUCAAAGCCACCAGAAUCAAUGACUAGAUCUACAGCUGCCUUAAUCUGUUGGGUUUGUUCUUGUUGUGUUGAAUUUGGUGCUUGUAAUGGUUGGUUCGGAUCCAAUAUAGUAUUUGUGCAUCAUGCAAUAACGCAACAAAUUUGACGGACCAAGGCAGCAGUGGACCAGCAGUUCCCCAAUUCGCUGCAAAGCAAAUCAUUUCUUUUUUUUUUUUGUCAGCUGAGUUUGGUGGCUUUGGAAAAUCUCUUAAACGUAUAUACUUUUUAUUGGAUAAUUUUCUUUUUUUUAGCCACAUUUGAACACAACAAUAACGCUGCUGCUAUGAUAGCCUGUCUCCUAGCUGCUAAGUAAAGCAGUUUACUGGAGCACUUCCUAAUGAGGGGCCAGGCUACAACACCUACCUGAAACUCUGAAUGUAAAAUCGAGUGGAUGCAUGCUGAACUUUGCCAAUAAAUGAGGCAAAGUUCAGCAUCAGAGGAAUCAAACUGACAGGUUUUUGAAUGGAGUUUGGUUUGACUGUACCUCCAAAAAAAAAAAAAAGAGGAUGUAACGCUUUGGGUCACAGUGGCAUAUGAACUAGAGCAGGCAGGAAACAUUUACCUCAGACACACUCAGCAGCAUCACUAGGUCUAUGUCUCUCUAUCCUUUUCUCUCUCUCUCUUUCUUUCUGACAAACACUAAGAUAAGAAAGCUGAACUGGCAGAGAUGUGUCUUCUUUCUAAGAAAAAUUAUUGAUGAUACCAAUAACAAUAAUAUUGAUGAAAAUAAUAAUAAUAAUAAUGACGGUCAUGAUAAUAUAAGUAAUUUUAUUUGUUUUUAUUUUGUAUGCUUACUCCAUGUAACACAUGUUCCAACUCCAUCUUUUAAUUCAAAUGUGUUUGUGCCUUUUUUUAUUUUUGGGAUAAAAAGAAGGAAAAAAAAACAAGAUUUUACUAAAAUGCCUUGUUUUCAAGGCUGUACUAUACAGUGUCCUCACUCUCUUUCAUGCUGUCUUCUCCUCCUCAAGCUCAUCCUCCGUUCAUCAAAAAAAUAUACAGUUAGCAGAAAAUGUCAAUGAAAAUACCUACUUUUUCUACUUGUGCCUUUCUGUGUCUGCAUUCGUGUCGCUCUGUCUCCAUUCAUCUCUGAGUUUAGAGGUUGCUUUCUUUAUACACCAUGUAACGUCCCAAGUCAUUUCAACAGGUCUUUUCUUUGCUCAUGUAUUUGUCUAUAUGCACCCCUCCCCACCAAAUCCCCCAAACCCGUAAUCAUCAUGUUCUAUAUCCUUUUCUCAGUUUCAAAACUCUUUGUGCCUUUCUCUGUCUCUUUUCUCUCUUUGCUGGGACCGUGUUGAGGGCGGGCAGUGUUUUCUGUCCACCCGUGUGGUUAGUUUCAGGUACUACAUUGAAUUUAAUGAUAUAAUAUAAAUAUAGUGAAACAUGG